AUGAGAAGCGUGGCCAGGUUUUGGCCGUUGGCCGAUGUGCACCUGGAACGACGUGGCGACGACGACGACGGCGACGACGCCACAGUGGCAGCAGACAGGGCCUCGGCGAGUAAACCGCGAACGUUGUACCGGUGCACGCUCGAGGCGCUGGUACGGCACUACUCCAACAAUCCACGCUCCAGCGGGUAUCGGGCAGCUGUGCAGUGUCUGCCGCUUGCCGUACGGCUCGAGGUACUGGAGGACAUGUGCGAUUACCCGCAUCUGCUCGAUGAGCAGCAGGAGCUACUGUCGGAUCCGGUGUUGAUCAGUGAAGCGUUGCGGCAGUUGCCCGCUGAUCGGACCAAGCUGGUGCGCUGUUUCCAGUGGUUGGAGUGCAAUCGACGGCCGGUAACGGAUCGGCUCUGCCAGCGGUUUCAGCGUGCUUGUGUAAAGUUACAGGUCGGUAAUGAGGAUCGUGAACGUGAUGGUAUCCGCCGUGGUCUGACCAUUGCCGGGUUUCUCACCGAAACCGGUUGGCUGAGGGAAGCCAUCAAGAUCCUGCGUACCGCCUGUCUGUUGGCCAAGACGGGAUCGGAAGUGGAGCUGGAAGUGCUCCGGCAACUACUCCGUGCCCAAUCACUCGGUGCGAAAGGGAUCGAAGCUCGCCAAACGUGCCACCGGUUAACGGCGACGGUGGUAAGGUAUCCGCAUCUACUCCGACCACCACAACAGACGCCAUCUUGUUAUGACGGCAUGCAGUGCCGGAAUGAUGUGGCCGUCGGUACGUACCUGGCGCUAUCGCUGUACGAGCUGGAGAUGCGCGAGAUCACGCUCAGCUACCAUUACGCGGUGAUGGCGCUUGAGAUGCUGACCGAUUGCUCCCCGGGGCGGUUGAUCGUUGACGUUUGUCGGCAGCUAGCGAAGGCCUGCCUUACUCGUAAGCAGUACGCACGGACGGGCCUUCUCAUGCGCCAAGCCAUCGCUUGGGCACGGAACUGUUACGGUAAAGGGAGCGCACAGUACGCGGAAACGCUCGAGGACUACGCGAUGUACCUGCUGGCGCGGAAUGCCGUCACGGAGAGUGUCGGUGUGUUCGCCGAAGCGCAGCACAUCUACCUGCGGCUGUACGGACCGCGGAACUUGCUGUUGGCCCAUGCCCAGGGCAACCUAGUGUUUGGGUUGUGUCUGCAGGCGUACGUGCAUGAGCAGCGGGAACGGGCCGUGCAGCAUGUCGAGAACUCGAUGGCUAACUUUGAGCGGAUACUGCCCCAUGACCAUCGGUUGUUGGUGCAAGGGCGACGGUUGCGCUCCUCGAUGGACCUGUUGCUGUUCGAUGUGACCGAUGGAACGGGCAGAAGAGGAGGAGGAGGAGGUGAUGGUCCUUCGCAGGAGGAGAAACCACAAGCGGUGGAGCAGGAGCUGAAGCUGGAUAAGGUGGGCGAUGGUCCUCUGGCGGUGCACGUACUUCGGCGAUCGUUCUACCUCGGUCCGGGCUGUUGA